AUGACGACCGCCGAUGUCGAGGCCGCAGAGGCCGCCGAGUGCAGUCGAAGUAGCCUGCUUGAGGAGGAACAGCUGCUGGACCUACUCAAUACUGUUGUGACCCGCUACCAGGAGCAGCCACAGCUGCUGGAUUCCCUGCUGCAGCGGCUGUUGGACCCCCUGGGGUCCCUGCUUGAUGGGCUGAUCCGGCAGGGGGAUGCGGUGCCGCACCUCAGCACCCUCGUUGGGGGCCGGAGGACUGUAUCGCGCUUCCUGCCCAACAACACGCAGUGCCUGGAGCCGGUGGUUGCCCUGCUGGAGACGCUGCAGACCAGGGGCCCCGCCGGCUUCCACGACACCUGCAUGGACCACCUGUGGGAGGCAGAGUGCGUGCUCCUGCUCUGGCUCUCCCACCUCGUCCUGGUCCCCUUUGACCUGGCCAGCCUCGACUCGCAGCUGGGCGACGGGGAGCGGGCGGCGCUGGCCCCCCUGGCGGCCUCCAUCCUGCGCCUGUGCCAGGCGCACCUGUCCAGCCCCAGCCGCGCGCGGGAGAUGGCGGCGGAGGUGCUGGGGCGCUGCGUCACCCGCCCCGACAUGGCUGCCGCGCUGGAGGAAAGCGUGACCUGGGCCGAGACCCGCCUGGCGGGCAUGGGGACCGACGCGUGCGAGGCAGGCUUCCUCGUCCCGGGGAUCCUCCUGGCGCUGGCGGCCACGCUGCGCCACGGCGAUCGGGCCCGACUGGGCGCCACGGCGCUGCGCCUGCUGCCCCUGGCGCAGCGCGCGCAGCAGGCGACGCAGGGGGGCGCGCUCGCCCGCCGCCUGUCCAUGAAGCUCAUGCAACGUAUCGGCCUGGUGCUGCUGCCGCCGGCCGGCGAUGUCGCCAAGGAGCCGGGACUGAUGCAUGGCAGCGCAAUAGAAGGCAAGAUUGUCUUUUGGGGGACGUGCUGGACGCCCUCCUCACCGGGCUGGGGGGACAAGGACACUGUGGUGCGCUGGAGCGCGGCCAAGGGCGUGGGCCGCGUGGCAGGGGGCCUGCCCCCCGCCCUCGCCCGCCAGGUGGCGGCCAGCGUGGCCGAGGCGGCCUUCGGCCACGCCGGCGCCGACGCAGCGUGGCAUGGCGGCUGCCUGGCCCUGGCCGAGCUGGCGCGGCGCCGCCUGCUGGACCCACGCGAGGCGGGUGCCACGCUGCGCACGCUGCGCGCCGCGCUGCGCUACGACCUGCGCCGCGGGCCGUGCAGCGUGGGCGCGCACGUCCGCGACGCGGCCGCCUACGUCGCCUGGGCGCUGGCGCGCGCCUGGACGCCCGCGGAGCUGGGCGCGGUGGUGGGGGAGCUGGGGCCCCCCCUCAUCACCCUGGCAUGCCUGGACCGGGAGGUGAACUGCCGGAGGGCAGGGGCCGCCGCCUUCCAGGAGCUGGUGGGGCGGUUGGGGGAGUGGCCGCACGGCAUCGACAUCCUCACCGCCGCAGACUACUUCACAGUCUCCUCCCGCGUCAACGCUUAUCGCUGCGUGGCGGUCCAGGUCGCCACCUUCCCCGGCUACUUCCUGCCUCUGGCCAGCCACCUGCUGCACGUCAAGCUGCGGCACUGGGAAAAGGCGCUGCGCGAGCUCGCCAGCCUGGCCCUGGCAGAUCUAACUCGUGUGGAUGCUGACUGGCUGGCGGGCACGGCGCUGCCGACCCUGCUCCCACUCACAGAGUCGGCGGACCUGGAGAGCCGCCACGGGGCGGUGGCGGGGGUCGCUGAGCUGGUGGCAGCGCUGCCGCGCGAGGCGCUGACGCCCUUCCAUGCCGACCUGGCCCAGAUCCUGCCGCGCAUCGAUGCCGCCAAGCUGAACCGAGGAAAAGGCGGCGAGGUGAUGCGCACUGCCCUGUGCAGAUUGGCAGCCACCAUUUCCCAAGCAAGGGUGCCGCUGUCAGCAGCACAGGCGGCCUGCAUGCAGGCCACGCUGCUGGACUGCCUGCGCUGCGCCGCGCCCGACGCGCAGACUGCGGCGGUGGCGGCGCUGGGGUCCUACGCGCUGGCCUCCGGUGCGGGGCCCGAUCUGGCGCAUCGCCUCCUAGCCUCGCUGCGCGGCGGGGCCACCGCCGCCGAGCGGCGCGGCGCGGCGCGCGGCCUGGCGGUCUUGCCCCCCGGCCAGGUCCCCGCGGGGGCGCUGCUGGCGGCCACGCAGGCCCUGGCCGCCGCCGCAGACCCGGCCUCCGGCGCGGAGGCCGACGUCGACGUGCGCAGUGCGGCGGUCGCCGCGCUGGCCGACCUGGCGGGGGCCUGCGUCGUGGCGCAGUCCGCGCCCGCCCUCACGCUGUGCGCGCUGGGCCUGGGCGCCGCGCUGGCCGCGCUGGGGGACUACACGGUGGACAAUCGCGGCGAUGUGGGGAGCUGGGCACGGGAGGCCGCGCUGCGCGCGCUGCCGGGCAUGCUUCGGUGCCGGGCGGGGCUCGGGGGGGCCAAUUGCAAGGAUGGGGGGGACGCGAUGCGCGGCGACGGCGAGGACGGGGCGGUGUUGGAGGGCAGAGACUGCCAUGGCGAUGCAGACUCAGAGCCAUGCGCCACGGAGCGCUUCGCUUUCGAGUGCGUCGCCGCGGCCUGCAAGCAGGGGGUGGAGCGCAUCGGGCGCGUGCGCAGGGCGGCGCGCGAUGCGCUGCGUGAGCUGGCGGACGGCGAGCUGCUGCCGCACUCCGCGGCGCCGGCAAUCUGCGCCGCGGUGGCGCACGCCGUCGACGCCGCGGACCUGGCCGCCGCGGAUGAAGAUGCUGCCGAGCUGGCUUCCCUGGCCAGGCUACUCAGCGUGAAGGCGCUGGCGCCCGCCGUGCUGGCAGGGCUGGUGCACAGCGUGGGCGGGCGCGACGCGCAGGUGGCAGCCGCGGCGGCCGACGCGCUGGCAGGCGCGUGCUGUGAGGCGGGGGCGGCAAGCGGGCGGGCGGUGGGCGACGCCUUCCUCCGCCUGUGGGACGCGGAGGCGGGGGGGACGCAGGGCCGGAGAAGCCCGGAGUCAGGAGCGCCGUGCGGUGCUCCAGAGGCCUCGGCCAGCGGAUCAGCCAACAAAGCGCGUAGAGCGCAUGUGCAGCGGCUCGCCGGCGUCCCCCUGCUCGCCAGCGCAGAGGUACUGCUGGCCCGGACGCCGCUGGCGGGCGACGCCGCCUUCCAGCUUGGCUUGCUGGAGCGAUUGCGUGUUGAAGUUGCCCGGCGGGGUGCCGACCUGCCCCGGCUCCAGGCGGUCGCCGCGCUGCUGGGCGCGCUGGGCUCGGGGGAAGCCUGCGCGCAGCCGGCGCGCCGCCUGCUGUGGGCCAUGCUGGGCUCGCGCUUCCCGGCAGUGCGCCGCAGCGCGGCCGAGUACCUGUACCUGGCCCUGCUUUCCAGCCCCGACGAGGCAGAGGAUGGAAUGGAGGCCGAGGAGCAGGCGCUGGAGCUGCUGGGGGAGAGGAACUGGGCCGGCCCGGCUGGGGAGGUUGCCGACCUGGCAGACCAGGCAACGGUAUCGGUGACAGAGGAUGAGGAGACCAUCGCCGUCACCAUCCAGCUCAGCGGCGGCCCACUCUCCGGUCUCGCCCGCCCGCCCACCCUGCUCUGGGGCGUGUACCGCGGCUCCUCCCGGCGCUGGCAGCACCCCGCGGGCUGCUCACCCCCCCGCAGCACCCUGGACGAGCGCAGCGGGGCGAUGCGGUCCCCCUUUGACAUGCACGGCAGCAUCACGCUGCGCUUUCCGGCCCGCCUGGCGCCCCUGACCCUGGCCUGGGUGGGCGCGGCGGCGGGGCGGCCGGUGCUGCCCCUGGUCGCCCGCCACUUUGCGGUCCCCCUGGGCACGCUGCCGGGGACCCCGGUGCCGCUGGGGCCCUCCCUGGCGGGGCGGCCGGGAGCGGAGCGGGGCGCCAACUUCGCGCUGGCCUCCCGCUCGGCGCAUGGCGCCUGCCUCCUGCUCUUCCGCCGCGGCGGGGACGGGGCCUGGGCCAAAGCCCUGGAGCUGGAGCUGGACCCGGCCGUGAACAGGACGGGGGACGUCUGGCACGUCACGCUGCCCACGCUGAGCCGCCGCGAGGGGCUGGCCUACGCGUGGCGGAUCGACGGGGAGGUGGCCUGGGACGGCGGGAACCGCACGCAGCCAGACCGUCUGCUGCUGGAUCCAAUGGCGUCGUCGCUUGUGCUGACGCGGGAGGCGGUGCGGGGCCUGGGCCCCCUCAAGGCUCCCAGCAUCUCGUUGCAGGAGGGGGAGGUCCCCGCAUUCCUGCUUUCCGGGCUGGACGUGCUGGGCGCCGACGUGGCCGCCGGCAGGCCCGCAGGCAGGAGCCAGGCCGUGCCUCCCACUCACCAGCGCUGCAUGGUGGCCGUGGAUGUGCGGGGCGCCGGCGAUGGGACGCUGCUGGGCACGCUGGACUUGAUCCCGGAGAUCCAGGCCCUCGGGUUCAACACCGUGGUCCUCAGCCCCUGUUACGCCACCGCCUGGGCGGGGACCCCCCUGGACAGGGGCAGGGCGGCGGUGUCGUACUGGGCGCCGGACCCCACGCUGGCAUCCUCGCCCGAGGCGGCCUCCAGAGAGGUGCAGCGGCUGGUGGCAGGCCUGCAUGCCGCCGGCCUGGCGGUGCUCAUGCAGGUCGACUUCACCUUCACGGCCGAGGGGGGCGACGACAGUCCGUGCCCGCUCUCUUUCCGCGGCCUGGACCACGCGGUGUACUACCGCCGAGCGGGCGUCCUGAACGCCGGGCACGCGGUGGUGCGGCAGUACAUGAUCGACGUGCUGCGGCACUGGGCGCUGGACUACGGCAUGGACGGCUUCAACUUCAUGGGCGCCGAGAACCUGGUGCAGGAUCGCAAUGGCGUCAUACUGGAUUCGCCGCCCCUGGCCGCCGCCAUCGCCUACGACCCGGUCCUCGCUGGGCUGCAGAUGAUUGCCAGCACGGCAGACAAGACCCUGCUUCCCAGGCACGGUGUGCGCGGCUUCCCGCACUGGGGCGAGUGGCAGGAGUCUGACGGGUCGCUGGCGGCCGCCACGCUGGGCCCGCUGUGCGGCUCGGCGCUCGCGCACCCACCGUCCUUGAAGGAGGCGCUGGAGGCCUGCCCGGCCGUCUUUGCCGCCGAGGGGGAGGGCCUCACUCCUGGCAACCUGGCCGUGGCCCGGCCGCCCUCGGCCUGCGUGCACACUCUGGCCCUGCCGCCCGGCGGCCAGGACGUCGCGCUCAAGACGGCGCUGCUGGUCGCGCUGUGCGCGGCGGGCACGCCCCUGCUGUCCCUGGACGACGCGGCGCGCUUUGCACGCUUCGUGGGCGGGGUCACCCGCCUCCGCCGACGGUGGGCGGACCUCCUCCUGCCGGCCGCGUUUGGGCAGGGCGCGCGCAGCGUGCGCUGGCACGGCGCCGCGCCGGGGAGCGAGCCUGACUGGGACGGGUCUGCUGCGCUGGCUGGGUUGCCAGAGGCUGGAUUUCUGGCCAUGGCGGUCGUGGGGCCGGGCGGUGCGCCAGCCCUGUACCUCGCUGUGAACGCCUCUGACGUGGAAGUCACGGCGACACCCCCAGCUCCCCCGGCCGUGUACCACAAGUGCGCGGACCUGGGCGCAUACAAGGCUGCUCUGCCCUGGUGGAAGAUCGUGCUGGCGGGCGCCAUGGCGGGCAUGUAUGUCUCCCUGGGCGGCAUGCUGCUGCUCACCGUAGGCCCCAACUGCGUGGCCAUGGCCGGGGACAACCCCGGGCUGGCCCGGUACAUCACCGGCGCCAUCGGCUUCCCCUACGCCCUGCUCACCAUCCUGACCUGCGGCGCGGAGCUGUUCACAGGGAACACUGCGGUGGUCACCGCAGCCGUUUACGAGGGCAAGGCCGACCUCCGGUCCCUGGCUAAGUCCUGGAUCUGCUCCUAUGCCGGCAACAUCUUGGGCGCCGCAGCGGGGGUGGGCCUGGCCGUGGCUUCGGGGCUGCUGCCGCAGCUCACACGUGGCGCUGCCGCCCUGGCCAUCUAUAAGACGGGGGCGCCGGUGGGCGUGACCCUGGCGCGCGCCAUCGGCGCCAACUGGCUGGUUUGCAUCGCCGUCUGGCAGUGCACCGCGGCGCAGACCUACGGCGGCAAGUUCAUUGCCUGCCUGGGCCCCAUCUCCGCCUUUGUCACCAUCGGUCUGGAGCACUGCAUCGCCAACAUGUUCUUCGUUCCCCUCGGCAUCCUGGCGGGCGCGGAUGUCAACAUGCGCGAUUUUGUGCUGCGCAACUUGAUCCCGGUGACGCUGGGCAACAUCUUCGCGGGGGUGGUGUGCGUCGCCACCCUCUACUCGCUGCUGUACGGAGCGCUGGGCGACCGCAUCAUGGGCAAGAAGCCAGCCACCGCAUGA